AUGCCUUCGCAAGAGCACUUUGCAAUUGAACGGUUUAUGGACGAAUAUGAGGAAAACGUCGAUUUUAAUGUUGCAGAAACGUGCUGCCACUCUUUGACUCUCAACGAGCUACAUAAAUUAUGCGAUGAGAAAUUCGAGCUCAACUAUGACAAACGGCUUACUUACGGCUCGAUUUGUGGAUCUCCCGAACUGCGUUCACUCAUUGCCAAAAUUCAUUCGAGCCAAAAUGUGCAACUGACCAAAGAAAACGUCUUGAUCACAAACGGGGCCAUCGCCGCAAACUUUUUAGUCAGCUAUGCACUCGCAGGACCUGGCGAUCAUGUCAUCUGUGUUGCCCCCACUUAUCAGCAGCUCAGCAGUGUUCCACGCAUGUUUGGCGCAGACGUCGACAUUUUGUGUUUGAAGGAAGUAGAUGGCUACCUACCACAUAUCGCGGAGUUGACAGCAAUGAUCAAACCGAACACGAAACUCAUUGUGCUAAACAACCCAAAUAAUCCACUCGGCAGCGUGAUUCCUACUGAUCUUUUGGAAAAAAUCGCGACUGUUGCUGAUGACAGAAACAUCACUGUGCUGUGCGACGAAGUUUAUAGCCCUCUGUUCCACUCCUGCGGGCAGCCCAAAUCCUUUGUUCAGCUGAGUGCCCGAGGCAUCGUGACAGGCUCCAUGUCCAAGGCAUACUCGGCUGCUGGAGUUAGAUUGGGCUGGAUAGUUUCGCGGGAUACCAAAUUCUUGGAACAAGCCGCAUCAAGGAGGGACUACAACACUAUUUCUGUGUCAAUGGUGGACGAUGAAAUUGCGCAUUAUAUUCUCAGAAAUCGUGACGCUGUUUUGAAGCGCAAUUAUACUCUGUGCACCGAAAAUCUUGCUACUCUCAAAGAUUUUGUCAAGUCGUCAAACGGAAAAUUCUCCUUUGUGCAUGAGCCGGAGGGAGGAUCUGUGUGUUUGAUACGAGUCUCUGGGAUUGAAGACACAGAAGCAUUUGCUCGCAGCUUGGCGACACACUACAAAGUACUGUUUGCACCGGUCGAGUGUUUUGGCAUUCCAGGCACACUUCGGGUUGGAUACGGGAACUCAAACCUCGAGCUUACAAAGGGUUUGGAGCUUUUGAAUAAGGCGUACAAUGGAGAGCUAGAAAAGUAG